AUGUCGUACGACUUCAAUAUCCAACCUCCAGCCAUAAAGACUGCCACGUUGGUGGCCCUUGUCGCACGGCUUACAAGACAUGACAUGUUGGAUUCCAUGUUCAAUAACACAUUCCUGCUUACUUACAAAUCCUUCACGACUGCCCGUGAGCUAUUUGUGUUCUUGGUGAGGAGGUUCCAAAUUCAGCCUCCGGAUGGAAUGGCUCAGGACGAAUUUGAAAAAUGGCGAGAUCGAAAGCAGAAGUUAAUUCGUUUCCGUGUCGUCAAUAUCUUAAAGAGUUGGGUCGACAAUUUCUGGAUGGAAGAUCAGAGUCAUGAGACCAUGUCGCUUCUCCGAGACAUAUAUUACUUUGCCCGAGAUACAGUAAAGGUUAUAGGAGUUUCUGGAGCCAAUUCGCUGAUGAUACUCUUGGAGCAACGAAUUCGAAGAAAUGACGAAACCAAAGUAAAACGUUUGAUACUCAAUUCAAGUCAAUCGUGGCCUGCACCUAUACUGCCGAGAAGUAUGAAAAUUAUCACCUUCCUUGAUGUUAACAUUACGGAGUACGCUCGACAAUUGACGCUCAUGGAAUUUAAUUUACUUAGUAAGAUCAAUACUAAAGAGCUUUUGUCUAAUAAUUGGAACAAAGCGGCGGUAAAGGAUGGGCUGGAGCCAGCUCGAAAUAUCAAGGCAUUUCUGCUUCAUGACAGCCAGUUGUCAGAUUGGAUUAUUGGAUUGACUCUCUAUCAAACCACCGCCAAGAAAAAAGGGGCUGUGAUCAAGCACUUUGUUGGCAUAGCAAAUAAAUGCCGCCAACUAAAUAACUAUUCAGCGGUAGCCUCUAUUGUCUUCGCUCUCGGAGCCCCGAAAAUAGUAGUGUUGAACGAAACAUGGAAACUAGUUUCCAAUGACACAAUAAGAAUACUGCAAGAAUUACGUGGGCUCAUGAGCUUUUACAAAGGUUAUUCACAGCAGUAUCAAGAUGCAUUGCAUCUUGCAAAUCCACCUUGCAUCCCGUGCUUGAGAGUUCAUCUUACCGAACUUGCUCGUACCGAGGCUGCUGCUCCCGUAAUAAUUGAUAAGUCGGCCCAAAUCAAUUUUGCACAACUGCAGAAAACCGCAGAAAUCAUCCGCGACAUCCAACAAUAUCAGAAUAUCUCAUAUUCAUUGCAGCCAGUGCCAGAACUGCAAGAGUAUAUACUGGUGAAUCUGCAAGCUGCGAGCGAUGCUGGGGAGCCGGAACCCAAGAAUUUGGAGGCUGAAUUACUAUCCUCACCAGCCGGGAAGAGCGGAAGAGAAACCCCCAGUUACUUCGGAUGA